AUGCCCAAAGCAGAUACCCCGCCAGGCUUCAGGCCCCUCAAGGAUACGAGUUUGUUCACGCCUUUCAAGCUUGGCCCGCUCAAUCUCGAGCACAGGAUAGUGCAAGCGCCCUUAACCCGCAUGCGUUCUACCAAGGAAAGCGACGGCGUCACGUUGCCCAACGAAUUGGUCAAAGAAUACUACAGCCAGAGAGCGACGAAAGGCGGUUUGCAGCUGACUGAAGCCACCGACAUCUUCAAAUAUGCUGGAAACUACCCCGGUGCACCAGGAUGCUUCACAGAUUCGCAGGUCGCCGCCUGGAAGGAGGUCACUGAUGCCGUCCACACAAAGGGCGGCUACAUCUUUUCCCAGCUUUGGCACACUGGUCGCGCCUCACCGCCUUCCUUCCGCAACGGCGAGCAGACCGUAAGCUCAGGCACCGUUCCCAUGACCGGUAAUUGGCUCGACGGGGUUUCUUGCGAGGAGAACCCACCACGGGCAUUGACCGUCGAUGAGAUUCACGACAUCACAAAGAAGUGGGGCGAGGCAGCGAAGAAAGCACGCGAGGCUGGCUUCGACGGUAUCGAGAUCCACGGCGCGAACGGAUAUUUGCUUGAGCAGUUCCUGCACGACAAUGUCAACAACAGGACUGACGAGUAUGGCGGUUCUAUCGACGGCCGAAUUCGAUUCCCCCUUGAAGUCAUCAAGGAGUGUUGCAAGGCCAUUGGCGCUGACCGUGUCGGCAUCCGGCUGUCGCCGUAUAACUACUUCCAAGACACCAAGGACAGCAAGCCGAACGAGCACUGGGAGUACCUCUGCGAGAAGAUUGCUGCUCUGCCCGAAGAUGAGCGACCAGCAUAUGUACACAUGAUUGAGCCCCGCUUCGACGAAGUCCUCGACGAGCAAGCCAAACUCGAUGCCCUCUCCUCCUACACCUCCAACCCCAACGAAGGGGUGGAGGCCGAGCUCUCCAUUAAGCCCAAGACCAACAACCUCUCUCGCUUCCGCGAAGUCCUCGCCAAGGGCAAUGUCCGUUUCCUCGCUGCUGGCAACUUCAACCGCGACAAUGCCGUACCCAAGCUCGACGCUGGUGACGCAGACCUCAUCAUUUUCGGACGCCACUUCAUCGCAAAUCCUGAUCUUCCUCGGAGAUUGGCUGAGGGCCUUGAGCUGAACCCAUACGAUCGUACGACCUUCUACGGUGCUGACCCGCCGCAGAAGGGCUACACUGACUACCCUUUCUAUGGAGAGGCUACUGCUUCUGCAUGACCGAGGUCAAGUAUGUUAGGUACGCAUACUUGUACUUGAUUGCAUUGCCGGCGC